UAAGUUGUCAGUGGAGCAUAUGAACUACGGGAGACCUCUAAAAAAAGCUAUAACCUACAAAAAUUGCAUUUUUCAAAAUGCUUUCAAGAUGUAGAUGCACGAAAGUUUUUCAUAAAAUAAAGUUUUUUACAUGUAAAGGUUGCAAUAACUUUACCACUUCAAUUUAUAAAAGUAACGAAUUUGAUGUACAGUUUUCUAAUGGUCGAAAUUUGAAAAUAACUACUGGAAAAUAUGCUCGGCUUUCUGAUGGUUGUGCUGUAGGAACUUUAGGUGAUACAUCAGUAAUGGUUACAGCUGUCUCUAAAACGAAACCGUCUUCAAAUAACUUUUUACCGCUAACAGUCGAUUAUCGUCAAAAGUCUGCAGCCGCAGGUAGAAUUCCAACGAAUUUUCUUAGAAGAGAAUUAGGUCAUACAGAGAAAGAAAUUUUAACAUCAAGAGUAAUUGACCGCAGUCUAAGACCAUUGUUUGAUUCAAAUUUUAAUUAUGAAACACAAAUAAUAUGUAACAUGUUAGCAGUUGAUAGUGUUAAUAAUCCUGAAGCAACUGCCAUAAAUGCAGCUUCAGCAGCAUUAGCUGUUAGUGAUAUACCUUGGAAGGGACCUGUUGGUGCAGUCCAAGUAGGUUUAAUAGAUAAUGAGAUUAUUAUUAAUCCAACCAGAAAAGAGCUACAGUUAUCCUUGUUAAAUUUGAUUAUUACAGCAACUAAACAUAAUUUGGUAGUUAUGCUUGAAGGUCAAGCUGACAAUAUUCUACAACAAGAUUUAUUAAAGGCAAUUAAACUAGGUACAAAAGAAGCUCAAAGUAUAAUUGUGACAAUAGAAAAGAUGCAAAAGCAAUUGGGGAAACCUAAACGAGAAAUCGAAAUAUCACCAUUGCUUUCUGAAGAAGUGAUUGAAAUUCUCCGUUCAUUAUCUCAGUCGCGAUUAAAAGAAGUAUUUACAAAUUAUAAUUAUGAUAAAUUACAACGUGAUAAUGCGGUUACGGUGGUAAGAAACGACGUACUUGAAAAAGUGAAGCAAUCUUUUCCAGAAGCAGACUCCAAUUUAAUUUCGGAAGAAUUUAAUAAUUUUACGAAAACGGUGUUUAGAAAUUUAGUAUUUAGUGAACAAAAGCGCUGUGAUGGUCGUGAUUUUGAUGAACUUAGGAACAUUUCGUGUGAAGUGAAUUUAUAUAAACCUCUACAUGGUAGUGCGUUGUUUCAAAGGGGACAGACUCAGGUAUUGUGCACUGUAACACUCGACUCGCCUGAGAGUGCAUUACGUCUUGAUUCCGUGGCUAUGUUAACAAGCGGAUUGAAAUCUAAAAAUUUUUUUCUUCACUAUGAAUUUCCCCCAUUCGCAACGAAGGAAACAGGAAAAGUGGGACCAUUAGGUAGACGAGAGACAGGUCAUGGAGCCUUGGCUGAAAAAGGUCUCAAUAGUAUUGUGCCACAUGAUUUUCCUUUUACCAUACGCCUUACUUCUGAAGUAUUAGAAUCAAACGGAUCUAGUUCGAUGGCAAGCGUGUGUGGAGGUAGUUUAGCUCUUAUGGAUGCCGGUGUCCCAGUGUCUGCUGCUGCGGCAGGAGUAGCGAUAGGGCUUGUUUCGAAAUUUUCUAAUGACGACACAAAGCAUAUGGAGGACUAUAUACUUUUAACUGAUAUUCUUGGUAUAGAAGAUUAUAUGGGAGAUAUGGACUUCAAAAUAGCGGGCACUAAAAAAGGUUUAACAGCUUUACAAGCAGAUAUUAAAAUUCCUGGCCUUCCUCUAAAGGUCGUUAUGGAAGCAAUCCAAAAAGCUACGGAUGCAAAAUCUAAAAUUUUAGAUAUAAUGAAGGAUUGUCUAGAGAAACCGAGGGCAGAAAAGAAAGAAAACUGGCCUGUUAUCAAAACUAUUGAAGUUGAGCCUCAUAAAAGAUCGAAACUAGUAGGGGUCGGUGGUAUCAAUUUGAAAAAGCUUUUAUAUGAAACGGGAGUUUCUGUGACACAGGGUGAAGAAACCAAAUUCACAUUAUUUGCUCCAAAUCAACAGGCAAUGGACGAAGCCGAAGAAGUUAUAACGAAAUUAUUAAAUACAGAAAAAGUUCCUGAAUUAGAUUUUGGCGGAAUUUACACCGCCACAAUAGUAGAAAUUAGAGAUAUUGGGGUAAUGGUAACCCUUUAUCCGGGAAUGCCGCCUGCUCUAUUGCAUAAUUCACAGCUAGACCAAAGAAAAGUGGCUCAUCCAUCAGCGUUAGGAUUAGCGGUGGGUCAGCAAAUGCAAGUGAAAUAUUUUGGAAGAGAUCCAGUUUCUGGUUUAAUGCGAUUAUCAAGAAAAGUUCUGCAAGCGGCUGCCAAAGCUUGACUUAUUUUGAAUGUUAUAUUAUACUUAAGAUUAAUUAGACUUGCAUGUAAAUAAAUAUUGAUUUAAUAAAAAGAUAUUUUACUAAUUA